UAUUUUUCUUAUUUCCCAAGAAAGAAAAACUACUCUAUACUUCCUAACCCUCAGUUGUGUUUCUCUCGAUCUGCAUCUUCCUUCAUUCCCGAUCUCUUCGUAAUACAGGAGGAAACCCUUGCUGCUGCUGCUGAACUUUAAUCGCCAUGAAUAGGCUUGACACAUGCGCUCUUGAAUCAAACCUCUUUAGACCGGAGAUUGGUCUUCUCGAUGGCUUGUCAAGUGCUCCAGCUUUCGAUCUUCCUAAAACCGCUGAUUUUGAUAGCUUUCAGAAGAAAUCCGUUCAGAUGGUGAAGCCUGCAAAAGGUACAACAACUUUGGCUUUCAUUUUUAAGGAAGGUGUUAUGGUUGCUGCUGACUCUCGUGCUUCUAUGGGAGGAUAUAUAUCUUCACAAUCUGUGAAGAAAAUUAUUGAGAUCAAUCCUUAUAUGCUUGGGACAAUGGCUGGUGGAGCUGCCGAUUGCCAGUUCUGGCACAGAAAUUUGGGGAUUAAGUGCCGAUUGCAUGAGCUUGCCAAUAAGCGAAGAAUCUCAGUUACUGGUGCCUCAAAGUUACUUGCGAAUAUUCUGUAUAACUACCGUGGAAUGGGUUUGUCUGUUGGAACAAUGAUUGCUGGUUGGGAUGAGACGGGUCCUGGUCUAUAUUAUGUGGACAAUGAUGGUGGACGCAUGAAGGGAACAAGAUUCUCUGUAGGAUCUGGCUCACCGUAUGCUUAUGGUGUGCUGGAUGAUGGGUAUCGAUAUGACAUGUCAAUAGAGGAAGCUGCAGAAUUGGCUAGGCGCUCAAUUUAUCACGCAACUUUCCGUGAUGGAGCUAGUGGUGGUGUUGCUAGCGUUUAUUACGUGGGCCCGACCGGAUGGAAGAAGCUCUCUGGAGACGACGUGGCAGAACUCCACUACCACUAUAAUCCUGUAGAACCAGUGGUGGUUGAGCAAGAGAUGGCAGAAUCCACUCCAGUGGCUUAGAAACGGCGCGAAACUCUUCAGAGACAAAUCGGUUGCAUGUUUUUGUGACUGAUUGAAUUGCUAUUAUUAAAAUGUGACUUGGUUUAGAGUUUGACAAGUUUAUCUGAAAUUGUUCUGCUUGAUGUUUUAAUCAUAUGUAUGACUUUGUUCUUUCUCA